AUGACGGAGUCGCGUGAAGCCGGAAACACCUGCGACUCGGAAAAGCCGAUUCGCUUGAAAACGAGCCAGUCAUUUUCGGGGAACAGAGUCGAUGCUGCUGUGUCUGCUAUCAUCUCGCCGGGUCAUAAGCGGUCGAGUAGUAUGAGUAACGCCGGAUGUGACGAUAACGAGUAUGCGUAUAACGGUGUGGAGGAGAAGCGGUGCUCCGCGCCGAAAAGGCGCGCCGGCUCGAUGGAGGGUUUGACGGUGUGGUCUCCUGUCGGCGCAGCCAAUCAGGAGCCGGGAUCGAGGCGCGCAGCAGUUUCCGGCAAUGAAAACGUUAACGUUUUCCGUCAACCACGGACGCAACAACAGCAGCAGCCGAAGAGCGAGUGCGACCCGAUUCGCGUGACGGAAUCCGGCAACUUGAGCCCGUCGGCCGCGCCGCUGACGCCAAUUACAACAGACUCGAACGUCAACGUUAACGUUAACGUCAACGCGACUACUUCGGCACUCGACGCGGCGCCUGCCUCUCCCCACCAGACGGCAACAGCAGGCGACGCGACAGUCGUAUUCUCGAGUCCCCUGCAGGCGAAAAAGAGCCGUUUGAAUCUGACUCAACUACAGACGGACUUCGAUAUAGUCACAGACGAUCCCGAACCGCUCGUUCUUCCAGCCGCGGAAACCGGCCACGUCAGCAGCGCGCCCGCCGCCGUUCCCGGCGUUCGCGCCGACUCGUGUUUCGUCUCCCCCGGUGCAAUCUCUCCCUGCGCCACCCGCACCUUCGGCUCGAGUCGCCGCUGCACCAUCACGCCACGUGGCGUCGCCUCCGCGUCUCCCGCCGGCACUGCCGCCGGAAGUUUCUCUUCCGCUUCGUGGGAUGCCUUUCCAAGCCCUAGCCUCGCGAUCACCCCAACGGGUGUUUCCGCCAAUAGCGGGGAUGUUAAUAAAGGAGAAUUUCCGGGGUUUACCGCGCCUGCCAGCACCCCCACGAGCGGCCCGCGCGGUGGAAGUUCCGCUUCGGGGGGAGCUCCGCGCGAAGCUGGCGUUCCGCGAGCGUCUCCGCGCGCGCAACUCUCCGCGAAUGCUUUCUCCUCGCCUAGUGGCGGAGCCCGCGGAACCAGCGGAGGAGCAAGCUUUCCGCGAGUGAACAGCGGAAGCAGCAGCGGAGUCUCCCCCGGAUCAGCGCAUCAGAACUCCCCCUCCCCCCUCCUGCUCUUUGCGCUCCCCGCGCGCCUGCCCGCCCGUCAGUCUUCCGCCAAGCUGCCUCCCGCGUAUCCAAGCUCCUCUUCUGCCGCGUCGCCACGUGGCAACCACUCCAGCGCCGUAUCCACAGCCUUAGACUCGGCGCUAGGCUCAGCACUAGGCUCGGCACUAGGCUCGGAUAUCUUCUAA